AUGGCCCCCUCUGCAGCUGAACUGUUGUUGUUUUUUGUCCAGCCAGGCGUGUUCCAGGUGGGCUUCCGUCCCUCUGGCAUUUGGUCACCAAGGGGAAAGAGUCUUUAGUUAGGAAAUCAGAAAUGCAUGAGAAUACAUUAGUGUUAGAUGCAACAAGAAGCCUGGGGGGGGGGGGGGUUGUCGCCUUGCCAUCUCCUGCUCCUCUUCCAGUCUUCUUGCUGCACUUGGUUUGCCUGCCCUUGGGAUGGAGCCCAAAGCCAUCUCAGCAGAACCAGCAAUCUGGGACUUGAUGAUGCUUAAUAAUCGAGUGAGGCUGAGAAGCGACCGCCCAUGGCAGAAGAUCCAUUUCCUUUCUUUCCAUCGAAAGACUGGCACCAUUGGAAGGGUUUUUGUUUUUCUGGGGGGUUGGGAUGGAGUACAGGUGGACGUGCCUCCAACCCACGGAGGAGCCGAGAACGAAAUGCACCCCACAGCUACUUAGACGUGUUUCCUGUUAGAAAUGCAAGCCGAAGGAGGGCUUUGAAAACCUGCUCUCUCUCUCUCUCCUCUGGAACAGAAGCAAUAGAAACUUAACAAAUCCUUUGCCUGUUUACAAAGAUUGGCAAGAGUUGUCCUAGGCGGAGCUCCUAGAGACUUAAGCCAUGACCGGCAAGGUCCACUCUGUGCAACAGUCAGCGCUGUGCGCCAGGUGCCAGCUCCGCAUUUAGCGCUCUUCCUCUGCUCACCAUCCAGUUUCUCCCAGUGCGCUCCACCAGGCACCUCUGCUUUGAGGGAAUGACGCAGCAGUUCCUUCAUUGUCUUCCACUGUCUGCGUGGUCUUUCUGACUUCUCAAGGCUGGUUCUGCUUUCCGCCGCAGAGGGGUGGAAGCCGAAGCAGUUCCUGGCCACCGCAGAACGUUCCUUUUGUGAGCAGAGGGUGGUUUCGGACCAGAGUUGCUGCAUCUCACCUUGUCCGAAGUGGUAGGAUCUUUCAAAGUGUUCUGAGCUCCGAAUCUUCUGUCGGAUGGGAAUGGGGUUUAAGGUUUGAGUUCGAGGGGAAGGCACCACUGCCCGUUCCAGUGGCGAGGCUUGUGCUAGAACAGUCCUGCUUCUUCAGAGUCUCUUCUUUCUCCUCGCCCCAGUUCCAGAGCUGCCCUGUGCAGUGUUUGGGGCGCAAGUUGCUGCUGAAUUGGGCCAGGUCAAAAGGCUGAAGAAGGUGCCCCCUCCGGGUAUCGUUUUACGGUUCAGUUUGUACGUUUAAGAUUGAUGUAUAUUGAGAAUUCAGUUGUUAAUAUUUUAUUUUGGGGUUGCUGUUGACUGUUGUACUGUGAAUAUUCCCCACCCCACCGGCUUCCUCUCUGAAUGUUUUAACGGCCCUCCUCUCCCUAGACCCUGCUGUGGGUGCGAGUGUGCAUGUAGGUAUGUAUGAGAACUUGCUUGGUUAUAGGAAUACUCUCAAAUGCGUAUGGCCUUUGCCUUGUUGCCCUUAUGUCAAACAUUCUCUGAGCAGGCCUCUCCAGCUGCACUGACUCCAUGGUUUCUCACCCACGCGAGCAAGGACAACCCAGACAGGCCAUCCUACCAGCCCAGAGCUGCUCCAACAAGCCCCAUUGCUUUGGAUUCUGGGCAGUACAUUUCUGGAAUGAGGCCGGUUUUUCUGUUUUCAAAGUAUGACUUCCGUGGAGUGGAGCUGUCUGGCCCCUGGCUGUUGCAUUGGCCAGAGGGAACCUGCACCACCUCCCUUUCAUGGUGA